AUGGCGCAUCAGGUUGAUUUUUCUCUGAAUAUGGGCGGAUCGAACAAGAAAAAAAAUAAGAACUCCGCCGCAUACACUCAGCAAAACACGCAAUAUCAAAAUUUCCCUUCCACCCAAAAUCAAUUUCCUUACCAAAACGAUCAGCCGACUCAAAAUCUUCAACAGCCGAUACCUCCGCAAGUUCCUUCCGCCUUCGACCCUCGAGUAGUCCAGCGACAGUGGCAAACAAAUGGCAGAAUGUACACAUGUUUCACUUGCGUCGGCUGCUCUCAACAAAUUCCUUGUCAGCAGAAUUACGCCCCUCCUCAACCUGCUUAUUCUCCAAACGGAGGCUUCUCGAAUUCGCCUUGCGGAAACCCCCAAAUGGCUCAGCGACCACCCCAAGGCGCGUAUUUCCCCCAAAAUCCCGGAACUUCAAACUGCAAUUGCCCAGCAGCAAAUCAGAUGACCUGCCAGCAGCCUCCGCCAUCCGGUUGCGUCGAAAAUGGAGUCGUUUAUCAACCCGGCCAAGUUGCUGUCAGAAACAUGGGAAAUGGAAACAUGCUCAAGUGCCAGUGCGUUCUGGUGCGAAAUGAGGCGACUUGGAGGUGUGAUAGUCAUAAUCAGCGCCCAGCAGGAGCGAGGACACCGAGCGAAGCGGGAUUUCAAUCGCCGAAGGGGAAGAUUAGGACUUGUUAUGAUGGUACCAUGCCGGGAGUUCCGUUUUUGCCCAGUGAAACUUGGCAAUCCAAGCGGGAAAACAAGGACUACCAAUGCGCGUGCAAAAAUCUCAACGGAAAGCUCCGGACCGAGUGCUUCAUCAGAAACAAGUCAAAAGAGCGGCGACCAUUUUGCAUCGACCGAAAAUCCGAAAAAAUCAAAGAAGUUGGCGAAACAUGGACUGCCAACAAAAAAGACUGUAUCUGUCUACUAGACUCGAAUGGCCAAACAAGCGUCGACUGUAAAAUGAAGAAGAACGCUGGCUGCAUCAUCAAGGGAAAAAUCGUCCGGCACCAAGAUACCGUAAAUGUCGGGAAUAAUCAGCAGUGCAGAUGCGAUGAUCGCGGAGAAGUGAACUGCUACUCGCUUUGUUCAAAAGAAUCGUUCAAUUAUCGACCAGGAGAGAGUUCUGUUGUUACUGCUGACGAUGGAUCGGUUUUGAGAUGCACUUGUAGGCCAGAUUCAAAAUGGAACUGCGACCUGUCGAAUCCUGAAACAGGAGUUGAAAACUUCAACUUCACCGUUCCGAACAUCGACCAUCUUGAUGCACCACCGGCUCAAACAACAUCAACCACGACCACAAGAACAACGACCCAGAUCCCAACAACCGUCCCGAAUCCAACAACUCGUAAACAAAAACGACGUCGAAAAACAACCACUCGCCCUCCAACAACAAAAUCAACAACGACCACGACAACGCCCGAGUACGAGUACUACGAUGAAGAUGAGUACGAUUACGAAGAGUACGAGUACGAAACUGAACCUGAAACCUACGGUUCUGAAUUUCUCCCAGAUCCACCAGUUGAACCAACUCAGCGCGCAAUAACUCCACCUCCUUUCACGAGAGAAGGAAACGGCGGGCAAGAAAAAGCUUUCGAAGAGCCCGAUUUCGUCGACUUUCCUGAGUCCAAACUCCGGCCUCCAACGUCUCACAAUCUCUUUCCCACGGGAAACUACCAGUCUCCUGUCAUAGGCGCGAGCAGCACCAGCCUCCAGCAGCCAGAAAUCAAGCCAGGAGUUUUUCAAAAUCCAAGGAAUUUGCGCCUCGCCCCUGCUGGCCGAAACCCUCCUGCUCAAAUGACUUGGAAUAAUCCAAUUCCGCCGCAGAAUUUCCCCGCGCAGACGCCCACCAAUCCGCCAAAUAUCCAAUAUGGCUACAAUAACCAAAACUUCGAUCAGACCCAGCAGAAUUUCAACGGGCCAAUGGCAACGCUGCAACAGAGCCAAAUAACUGUCCACCACACCAGUUGCUCAACAUCGCCUUGUUUUCAAGGAAGUUCCUGCAUCAACUCCUAUCGCGAUCCUGGGUUCGAGUGCGGCGCCUGUCCUUAUGGAUACGUUGGAAAUGGAAUCACGUGUAUCAAGGAAGAAUACGCCUCGGACGAUUACGGUUGCGGCGAAAAAUGCGACGAAAUAAUGAUCGAAGAAGACAUCGUUGUUCCAUGUAGAUUCGGAAAGAAGAACAAAGGAGGCAGGUGCACUCCGGAUACUUGCGAAGAAGAAAAUCCGUGCAAAAAGAGCGAAAUCUGCAUCGAUGACGAAGAUGGAACUCGUUGCGAAAAGGACCCAGAAUUUAUUUCAAGCAGAGCUUCUAGAAAUCGAGAGCGAUUUAGCGAGAUGAGAACGGUUGUGUUGGAAGACUACACCGACGAAAUGGAAGAAGAACUGUGCUCGAAAAAGACCUGUUAUCAGGGAGUCACGUGCGAAAAUUCGAAAAAGGGGCCAGUCUGCGGCGAUUGUCCGAUAAAUAUGAAAGGAGACGGAAAGACCUGCCUGCCCAUCACUUGCUCUGAUCAGCCGUGCUUUCCAGGCGUAGUUUGUCACGAUUCUAGAGAUGGGUACUCCUGUGGCGACUGUCCAAAAGCGUUCAAAGGGGAUGGAAAAGUCUGCGAGCCCCUAGUCUGCGCUGAAAAUCCAUGCUACCCUGGCGUGAAAUGCUCAGAAGAAGGAAGCACUGUAACUUGCGGAGUGUGCCCUGUAGAAAUGAUUGGUGAUGGACUCGACUGCCGCCCGGUUACUUGCGAGGAUUUACGAUGUUUUGCCGGAGUGGAGUGUUUGGAAAACGAUCCGCUUGGCGUUCGAUGCGGAGAUUGCCCAAAAGGGUUCGUUGGGAACGGCCAAGACUGCCAAGAAAUAAUUGAGACUUGUGAAAUGGGACUUUGCCACCACUUGGUUGAAUGCUCACAAAUUGAUGAGAAAAAAAUCAAUUGUGGACCUUGCCCAGAAGGGUACAAAGGAGAUGGAAGGAGCUGUGAAAUGAUUCUCUGCGACGAUGAUCCUUGCUAUCCAGGAGUGGACUGUCUUUAUGGAAAGGAAGGAGAAGUAGUUUGUGGAGAUUGUCCGGAAUUCAUGACUGGAGAUGGAGUCAAUUGCCGAUUUAUCACGUGCGAGGAUAGACCCUGUUUUCCAGAUGUCGAAUGCUUCGAUAUUUCAGCCAAUCUUACUCGUGCAAUGAGGAUUUUCGAAGACUUCGGGCAAUACGAAGAAUAUGCGGGUUAUGACUUGAAACUUCUUGAAGUCAAAUCUGGCUACAUGUGCGGAGAUUGUCCUGAAGGUUUCACUGGCGAUGGGAUUGACUGUAGUCGAAUUGGUUGCGAGCCGAAUCCGUGCUGGCCGGGAGUCAAGUGCACGGAUCUCGGACCUGAUGGAGCGAUCGAGUGUGGCUCAUGUCCUGAUGGUUUUGAAGGCGAUGGAUUUGACUGCACAACGAUAAAAUGCACCGAUUCCACCUGUUUCGACUCAGUAGUAUGUCGCGAUACUCCGCGCGGCCCUCGCUGCGGAAAAUGCCCUCGAUUCUUCCAAGGCGACGGGAUCAAUUGCACAGAUACGCGGGUUUUCUGCGCCGAAAUGGACUGCUACGACACUUGCACCGAUUUCAUAACUGGCGGCCAAUGCGAUCCGUGCCCCAAAUACUUCAGCGGAAACGGAACGACGUGUGAAGAUAGUAGAACUCAUUGCGAUGAAUUGAUUUGCUUUGGCGGCUGCACGGAAAUGGAACAUGGCGGCGUUUGCGAUCCUUGUCCUGUUUAUUUUGAAGGCAAUGGAACUUAUUGCAUCGAUUACAAAAGCGAAUUCGGCGGCGAAUGUGAUCCUUGUCCUGAAGGAAUGGAUGGAAAUGGAACCUACUGCGCCGUUCACCUUGAAGAGCCAGAAUGCGAAGAUUUGGGCUGUUUCAACUCGACUUGUGUUGAAACCGAAGAUGGUCUUUCUUGCGCGCCUUGUCCAAAAUUCUUCGUUGGGGAUGGUUUCGACUGCUUGGAUUCGAGAGUUUUUUGUUCGGAAAUGAGCUGUUUUUCUGACUGCGUUGAUAGUGAAUAUGGCGGCAAAUGCGCUCCCUGUCCUGAUUAUUACAUUGGCGAUGGAACAAUUUGUACAGAUAUCCGAACUCAUUGCCCUGAUUUGACUUGUUUUGGCGAUUGCUCGGAAACUCCUGCUGGAGGCGUUUGUGAGCCGUGCCCUCAAUUUUUCGCUGGGAAUGGAACGAUUUGCGAAGAUGAGCGAAUUCAUUGCGAGGAAAUGGACUGCUUUGGGGAUUGUGAAGAAACGCCCAGUGGGGGUGUUUGCGAUCAGUGCCCGGAGUUUUUCGUUGGCGAUGGGGUCGAUUGUGAGGAUACCAGGGUCUUUUGCGAAGAUUUAGACUGUUUCUCAAGCUGCAACGAUACGGAGACCGGUGGCGAGUGCGAUCCCUGCCCAGAAGGCUUCGAAGGCGACGGAUUCAAUUGCACAGUUACUCGCAACAGGAUUUUAUUUCAAAUAACGAAAAUAUCUCCCAAAGGGUCAUUCACACAUUACGUAACAGGACUCGCUUGCGCCCAAUUGGAGUGUUUUGGCGAAUGUGUUGAAAGUCUUGAUGGUGGAAAGUGCGCGCCUUGUCCUGAAGGAUUUACUGGUGAUGGAGUCACGUGUCAAGAGAUUGAAGAGAAAGAGAUGAUGAAGGCCACCUGUGCGGAGUUAUUUUGCCAUGAUGCUUGCGAGGAGGACGAAAGCGGGGCCCGAUGCGUUCUCUGUCCUGAAUAUUUCCAAGGCGAUGGUCUGAACUGCAUCGACUCUAGAAUCUACUGCAGCGAUGAGAAACGGGUCUUACUUUUAAAGAAAUCUUUUUGUGGCAACUGCCCGACUGGUUACUUUGGCGAUGGACACAAUUGUACAGAAGAUGAGGUAGAUUAUGAUGAUUAUUACUACGAUGAGGAUGAGUCAUACGAAUACGAGUACUUAGAGGAUCAAUGUGAUAUCUGCUGGAGCGGCUGCACAAAUGGAACUUGUGAUGAAUGUCCUGAAGGAUUCGAAGGCGAUGGAAUCGACUGCUUCGACGUUGACGAAUGCGAACAAGGCAGAUGCGUAGAAAACUCGGAGUGUCUCAAUUACGCUGGCGGUUUUAAAUGUGGCGAAUGCAUGCUCGGUUUUACUGGAAAUCAGACAGUGGGCUGCUUUAGUUACUGUAAUGGAUGUGCGAAGAAUGCAAUUUGCGAGUUCGCCGAGGACACGUGGUCGCACAACUGUGUCUGCGCAACUGGCUUCGCUGGAAAUGGCAAAGAAAAUUGUGGAAAAGACUCUGAUUUGGAUGGAUUCCCUGAUGAAGUCUUGAAUUGCCGAGACACAACCUGUCGCGCAGACAACUGUCCGACCAUUCCAAACUCCGGCCAAGAAGACAGCGACGGCGACGGAAUUGGCGACGCCUGCGAUGAUGACAUCGACAACGACGGAAUCACCAAUGUCAUCGACAACUGCCCCCGACUUCCGAAUCCAAACCAGCUUGAUGACGAUGAUGAUGGAGUUGGAGAUGACUGCGACAAUUGCCCGACGAUCUACAAUCCCUCUCAAGAUGACUCCUGCGUCGUUGUCGACACAGACGGCGAUGGAAUUCCAGAUGAAAGAGACAACUGCCCGGAAGCGGCGAAUGCUGACCAAUCUGAUUUCGACCUCGACGGCGUAGGCGACAUCUGCGACGACGACGAUGAUGAUGAUGGAAUCCCUGACGACGUCGACGACUGCCCGAGAGUCUACAAUCCUGAACAACUCGGCUGCGGACCAGAUUCUGACGGCGACGGAACUCCUGAUGAAUUUGAUAUUUGUCCAAUGGAUGCGCUCAUUUCUUCUCCUUCAUUUACCGGCUACGAAACUAUCUUACUCGACCCAGAAGGUUCCAGCCAACUUGAUCCGUACUGGAUUGUGCUGAAUGAAGGAAGAGAGUUGAUACAGUCGGUCAAUGCUGAUCCUGGUUUAGCGAUUGGAAAUCAUAAUGUUCAAGGCGUUGACUACAGUGGCACCGUCUACAUCAACACUGACACCGAUGAUGAUUUCGUCGGCUUUGUUUUCAGCUUCCAAAGCUCUUCCCGUUUCUACAGUGUGAUGUGGAAACAGGUCGAGCAAACCUACUGGUGGCCUUCUCCCUUUCGCUCUGUGGCUCCAACUGGUCUUCAGAUCAAGCUCAUCGAUUCCGCAACUGGUCCCGGUCCUUUGCUUCGUAAUGCUCUCUGGCACGGAUCAGACACUCCCGGGCAAGUGAAAGUUCUCUGGGAAGAUGAGAACAAGAUCGGCUGGACUGAUUUCACCGCUUAUCGCUGGGUGCUGCGUCAUCGCCCGAGUGUUGGGCUCAUUCAAGUGCAAAUUUUCCAAGGAGAAAAUAAAAUCAUCGACUCCGGUCACGUGAUCGACAAGACUCUUCAAGGCGGGCGAUUGGGCGUGCUUGAUUUUAGCCAAGAAAAUGUGAUUUGGAGCAAUUUGAAUUACCGCUGCAAUGAAACCAUAUCACUGUGA